UAUAAUAUUUAUUUUAAGGCAAUGAAGUGAUUAAUACCACAUUUUCUGUGUUUGACACUCUACAAAAUGCAGAAGAUUCAAUUAUUAAAUAUGAGGUGCAAACAUCCUCAAAAUUUUCAACGUUUAAAAAAGAUAAAACUUUUAGCGUAAAGGAUUUUGAGUUGAAAAACCACAAAAUACUUUUUGAAGAUAAAAAGAAUAAAUUUCGCCCUAGUCAGCAAAUUAUGUUUAGUGGAGUUCCGUUUAUAAUUGUUGGUUCGAAACAUCUUGAUUGUACUCAUGGAGUCAAUCAUACUAUAUCGCGGAAAAUGAGAAAUCAAGCAGAAAAACUGAAGGCAAAAGAUACUGUUAAUAGUGCCACAAUGUAUGCUAAAAGUCGUUUUUUGUCCCAAGAUACAAAGAAAAUGAACUGCCCUGCAAAAAUUACAAUAAGAGAUGUGGUUUAUUUUCCAGAUUUUAAAGCAGAAGCUAACACUGAACGCCGAAAGCGUACUGUCGCUGAAAAACUGAAGGAGGACUGGAGCAACAAAAAGAAACAUUUAAUUUUGAUAGAAAAAUUGUUGUUAAUUUCCCCUUAGAAGACGAACACAAAGGUCAUUUAGUUGGAAAAGUAAUUUUUUUUUUUUUCUGAAAUUUUAAACAAAAUCUUUAAAAAGUCAAAUAUGGUUACCAACCCUCAGAUUUAGUUUCAGCACUCUGCAAUGCUGAACUAUCUGCUGAUCUGACUUCAACCUCUUUUGUUGACUUUGUUUCUAUAUUAUUGUAUUUUGUGCCUUCCAGAAGACCACCAAAAAUAGUUUAAUGUUAAUAAUAUAUUGCGACCUUCUUUUUCUUAAAUCUGAAAGUAAAAAAAAAAAAAAAAAAACAUAAUAUAAAAUGAAACCAUUAAAGUUAACCAAAAACAUUCAAAAAUUUUUUUAGAGGGCUGGUUUGUCACUACAAGUUGAUUCUAAAAUUAUUUCCAAAAUUUAUCAAUUGGUUGGAGAAGGGAUCCGAAAUCCACGUGAAAUGCAAAGAUCUAUUCGUGUAUAUGUAAAAGACGAACUAUUUAGAGGACUAGAAUUACCACCAACAUCAUCUAGAAGAUACUACCCAAAAAUUCAAGAUAUACGAAAUCAUAUGUAUAAAGCUGCUACAAAGUUGAAAUUUUCUAAACUGGAUCAAGAAAAUCUCCAGCAAAAGGUUGAAGAAUGGAGAAAUAAAUACCCAAGAGAUAAGUUUUAUUAUCGUGGUUACGGAGAAGUUACAGACCAUAGCAAAGAAUUAGAAGUUUCAGAAAAAUUUAACAGAGAAAAUGAAGAAGAUAUUUUUUCUAACGUACUUCCUACAAAACAAAAACUUCUUUUUAUUCACCAGACAAUAAGUCAAAAAGAACUUCUUUAUAAAUAUGGCAAUCAUAUAUGCCUACUAGAUGCCACUUAUAAAUCUACUAGAUAUUCAAUCCCGUUGUUCUUUGUUGUUGUAAAAACAAACAGUAACUAUCAGGUAGUAGCGUCCUUUGCAGUGCAAGAUGAAACUACUGAUACAAUAACAGAAGCACUAAAAAAAUUAAGUCAGUGGAAUCCAGAAUGGAACCCUAAGUGUUUUAUGACUGAUAACUGUGAGGCAGAAAUUUUAUCAAUCGAAAAUGUUUUUAAAGAUUGCUUUGUUAUUCUCUGUGAUUUUCACCGUGAGCAAGCGUGGGAAAGAUGGUUGUCUGCUAAUGCAAAUGGAAUGAGAUCAGUCAAGCACACUGCUCUUUGUUUACUUAGACGAAUAGCUGCUUCUGAAACACAGGAAGAAUAUGACAUUGCUAUACAAGCUCUACACAAGGAUCCAAUAUGGAUCUCUACAAAUAGCAUUAAAUUUAAAAAUUACAUAGAAAACACAUGGUUGCCUGAGAAAAAGCGUUGGGUCAAGCAUUCAGAAGUGGAAUAUUAGAGACAGUUGUAAAUACAAACAACGGUGUUGAGCGAAAGAACAGAGAUUUCAAACAUGAGUUUUUAAAUCAGUAUAAGGAUAACUCGUUAAGUGGAAUGGUGACAGUUCUUGUUGAUCAAUUUAUUCCUGAGACAUACAGCAGGUAUGUGGAAGCUAAUAUUCGUCGCUGCUCAGACUACAGACUCUACAAUAGCAACCUUCCAAAAUGGCUUUGUAAUAAACCUGAGAAUUUCACAAGACAUUGUAUAGAAAAGAUUGGUCUUGUGAAGGACUGCAACAACCUAAAAAUUACAUUCCAUGAAAAUUCUAAGAAUAAGCAAAUGUAUGAGGUAAAAAGCUUCACAAGUGCAAAAAGUUAUAUUGUCACUAUUGGAGGUCAAGACACUAAGUUCCCUGAUUGCCAAUGCAUAGAAUGGAAGAAAACAUUGAUGCCAUGCAAACAUAUGGUAGCAAUCUUUCAACAUUGCGAUGGAGUUAGUUGGGAUUUAUUGCCAGAUAGUUACCGAUUAUCUCCAUACUUUUGUUUGGAUAAUUCAGUCAUUUAUGGUAAUGAAUCUUGUCAUGAAGAAGAAUCUAAUAUAUGUUUUGAAGACAACUUAUCUGAGACACAAGGUCAUGUUAUUUUGGAAAAUGUGCAGAAUAAAAUAUACCCUAAGCAAACAAAUGCAUCAUCAUGUAGAGAUAUCCUUUCUCAAAUAAAAACAUUAAGUUACUUAGUUUAUGAUGAGAUUGUGGUUAAAUCCUUAAAAUUUAAACUUCAAGAAAUCCUAAAUGAGCUUCAAACACUUGUCCCUAAACACGACAACAUCCCAUUAGAAAGGAAUGAAGUUACUAAGAAAAAAAGGUGUGCAUGUGCAAUUUCAGAUAAAUUACCUAAACCAAAAAUUUUGAAAACAAAAUUUACCGGCAGAAUUGGAAUUUCGACAGAAAAAAGAAGAAUUGCAUCUAGUAUAAAAAUUUUAGAAAAAGAAAAGGAGAAACAAGAUAUAAUUGAAGAAUAUGCACCUUUAGACGAUUCUUUUUACAAUAUUCCUAUCGAACCAAUGUGAUUUGUCUAUUUUUUAAUCAAACCAAACACUUGAGGCCCGAAAACCCUAACAAAUAUUAGAAUCACUGGUUUGGACCUUUCAAUAGUCCAAUCACACUUCAGAUUUAUGGUGACAAGAAGAGAAUAAGCUCAAAAUCAAAAAAAUUUUAAGAAGGACAAACAGUUAUUAAUAAUUCUUUUAAAUGAAG